AUGGCUCAGCCACCUGCGGUGCCGGAAGCGGACCACCAGGACGACGACGACGGCAUCCCGGAAGGGACCGGGGUACACCUGAGAGUGGCGGUACGUAUUCUCAAGGCCAGGAAUACCGCCCCAGGACCCGAUGGCUUGCCUGGCAAAGCCUGGGUCCUGGCCUUGGAGGCUCUCGAGCCCCGACUGGAGGGGCUCCUAAGCGCAUGCUUGGAGAGAGGCCAAUUCCCGCUUCGUUGGAAGACGGGGAAGCUGGUCCUCAUUCGGAAGCCGGGGCGCCCUGCGGACUCUCCGUCUGCAUACCGGCCCGUGGUGCUGCUCAGCGAGGUGGGCAAGCUCUUUGAAAGAGUCAUUGCAAACCGCCUCGCCGAGCACCUUGCGGGGACGGGGCCGGAUCUUGCGGAACACCAGUUUGGUUUCCGCAAGAGGCGUUCUACGGUGGACGCCACCAUGCGCGUGAGAGCCCUCACGACGGGGGAUGCAGUGGCCAGGGGGGGGGUUGUUUUGGCGGUGUCUCUCGACAUCGCCAACGCCUUCAACUCCAUGCCCUGGAGCUGCAUUAGGGAGGCACUCCGGUAUCACCGGGUGCCGACCUACCUCCGUCGUAUAGUCGGGGACUAUCUGACGGAUAGGGCCGUCAUCUACCCCGGUCGCAACGGUGAGUGGAACCGGCGAGAGAUGUCGUGCGGUGUCCCACAGGGUUCGGUUCUGGGGCCGCCCCUGUGGAACAUCGGUUACAACUGGGUGCUGCGCGCCGACCUCCCUACCGGCGUCAGCGUAGUUUGCUACGCUGACGACACGCUGGUACUGGCACAGGGGGGGGUCGUACGAGGCGGCGGCGGAAACUAUGACACGCGGGGUUGCGAUAAUCGUUGA